AUGUCCUCUAGAAAGCGACAGUCGAUGGAAGACGCUCUUGUGUCUUUAGAUACGAACGUGACUCAGCAUCCCUCAUCUGCAAAAAGAAAGAAACGUCUUAGUUUGCUUCCUAACAAUGUGACAAUAGGAGCCCCUCGAUUGAUGAGACAACAGUCGAAACGGCUGUCGAGUGUUUCUAGAAUCCCCCCUUCGAGCAUCUCAAGAAGACGAUCGACGCUGCGGAGAAACUAUGGUGACGCUGUGGUGCCGUCUAAUAGGUCUAAUAGGCUAUCACAGGGAUCGCAAUUUCUCCCACCAUCCUCCGGCGGUCGGUUUUAUGACGAAACGGUAGUUUCUAUGACACCGUCGGUUCAACAGAGACUUUAUAUGGGGAUUAAUAAUCGAGAUCCAAGACCUGUUCGAGACAGAAGUUAUCAGGCAAAGAUGCAGAGAGACUUAUUUGAGUAUCUGUCUACAGCCAAGUUCGAUAUCGUGAUGAAACAGCAACUUACAGCUCGAACCAUGAAAAGCCCGACUCAGAAGGAGUUUGUACUGAUGUUUCAGUUCUUGUAUAAGAAGAUAGACCCUGGUUAUCGUUUUCUUCGAUCCGUGGAGCAGGAUAUUUAUUCUAUUUUGAAGUUCCUUGAGUACCCUUAUUUGGAUACCAUCAACAAAUCUCAGCUUAGUGCCGUUGGCGGUACUAAUUGGCCUGUAUUUCUUGCUAUGCUUCAUUGGCUUCUUCAAUUGGUUCAGCAGAUGCAAAUGUUUGAUUUGGUAGAUUUCAGUCAGUUGCCAGAGCCCUUGAAAGAUGAUAAUGCAGGGAAUUACAACAACUCGGUGGUUUUCAACAAGGAGAUCGAAGAUUCGGUUAUUGUACGUGAAAAUACAGCUCUGGAUCGUUUAUUUACCAGUUUUGCCUUGAAAUCCUACAAGAGUUUUUUGUCUACUGGUACGGAAGACUAUUCUGAGUAUUACUCCGAGAUGGAAAGUGAAUAUAAGCAGUGUACACAAGAUGUUGUUAAUAAGACGAACAAACUGGUCGAUGAGAAUGAGAAUCUAGUUACAGAGCUCAGGGAAAAGGGUAUAGAACAGAUAGAAUUGAAUUCAAAGGUGGAAAGAACUAGAGCUCUAGCGAUUGAUGUAAGCAAAUUUCAAAAAUAUGUUGAUUUGCAGAACCAGAGAAGCGAAAAAUGGCCCUUGGUUCUUGAAAGGGCCAAAAAGGAUAUAGAGAGUAUCAAGAAGAGCAUUGAAGAUGCAGAUAAUGAAAAGGAGAAGAUUGUGGCGGAUCUUAAGGAGAAAGGAUUCACACUAAAAGAUAUUGAGCAGAUGCAUAAAGAGAGAGCCGAAUUAUCGUCUAACUUUGACAUGGUUGAAAGCAAGCAGAAGCUGACCAUGAGCUCGAUUGAGGAUAAAACAGGGUCUCUGACAAAGGUUUUUGAGUCCCUCAAACAACUUGUUGAUGGAUAUAAUACGAAGGUUUAUGCGAUUUUUGAUGGUCUUGAUGGCGUUCCUCUUGAUGGUGUUCCUCAUUUAACUAUAACUUCAUUUUCAGAUCAGUUGGUGAAUGAUGAUGAUAAAUUGGGGCUCAGGCCAGAUGAGAUAGUUCCUGAAUUGAAGCAGUCAGAGAUAAAAGUAAAGCUUGCACUAUUGAAAGAAAGUAUUCAGCAAUCGCAUCUGACAAAUCGUGACGAAUGCAUUCGAUUGCAAGAGCAGUUGGAUGAUUUGAAGUUAAAAAGUGUUUCAUUGAAAGAUCAACUAGAAGAAUUGGAGGACAAAUUGACCAAAUCAAAGAAAGAUUACAGCGAAUUGAACGAUCAAAAAGUAUCAGAGGUAUCAUCGAAUCAAUUUCAACUCGAGCAAGAUACCAAGGAGAUUCGACUAUUGAGUACACAGCUUGGAGAAAAUCAAAAGCAGAUCGAAGAGGAAUUUAGUAAAGCAGAGACAGAGCUGAGAAGAUUGACUAGUUCAUUGUCCGAGCAGAGAAACGAACUUCUAAUCAGAUUGGCCAAUGAGAUGGGUUAUGCGGUAUCGUUUAAGACUGGAAUUAUGGGCGAUAUUGAAGUGGCCAACGGUGAAUUGGCAGACGAAUGCAAAGAACAACUGGCCAAUGACGAUUCAGAUUCAACUUAA